AUGGGAACCUCUGACAGCUCCGUCGAUUCAACGGAAACUCCCUACCGUUAUGCUGCGUAUGCCAAUCGCAUUCGCACCAUCUUAGUCUCCGCUCAUCGCUAUGUCGCCUACACCUCCGACAUUGGCGAAUCCUUCCGCCCAAUCGCACACCCAUGGCUCGUCCGCUCCGCCUACGGAAUCUCAUGGGGUUAUCUCCUAGGUGAUGUCGGACACGAGGGCUACAAAGCCUACCUACGCAACUGGAAGGCCCUGGCGCCCACCGGGGACGCCUACAGAGACGCCAGCGAGCCCUCACAAGACCAGAUCAUCAAGGGCAUGGCAACGGGAAACAUGACCAUCGGUAAUCAGGCUGACUCUAAGGAUUCGCUGCACUGGCCUACCCCCGAGAUCCCGCUUGCGGAGGAUUACCGCUUGGUCAUGGCUAAGCGUGCUGUCUUCCAGAGUAUUGCCAGUAUGGGUCUGCCGGCUUUCACAAUCCACAGUGUUGUGCGGUACUCUGGGAAGAUGGUCAAGGGGGUGAAGACUUCGUUCAUUCGCACUUGGACGCCUAUCGGGUUGGGUCUCGCUGUUGUCCCCUUCCUUCCUUACAUUUUCGACCACCCCGUCGAUGAAGCCGUUGAAUGGGCCUUCCGCACUGGUCUGCGUGCAUACGGCGGUGAAGCAGCUGUUCGCCCACUGCCAGGCAAGAGCCUGCCUCCCCGAGAAGAAGAGGAAGUCCGUGCUGCUGCGGCGGCCAAUCUCUCUUGGGAUGAGUACAAGGCCGAGCGGGAGCGAGCACGCGAGCUGCGUCGUCGGUCUGGCGAAGAGACCAGUGGGAUUGCGUCACUGACGAGCUGGUUUGGAAAGUCUUCUGGGGACAAGAAGAACGACUAA